AUGGAGCACGGCCAGGCGACGACUAACCACGUCGACGAGUAUGGCAACCCGGUGGCCGGACAUGGCGUCGGCACUGGCAUGGGCGCGCACAGCGGCGUCGGCACCGGCGCCGGCGCGGCUCACAAGACCGGAGGGAUCCUGCAGCGCUCCAACAGGUCUAGUAGCUCAAGCUCGUCCGAGGAUGAUGGCAUAGGCGGGAGGAGGAAGAAGGGCAUCAAGGAGAAGAUCAAGGAGAAGCUCCCCGGUGGCCACGGUGACCAGCAGCAAACCGCUGACACCUACGGGCAGCAGGGACACACCGGAAUGACCAGCAGCACUGGGGCGCAUGGCACCACGGCCAUUGGCGGCACCUACGGGCAGCAGGGACACACCGGAAUGAGCGGCAAUGAGACGCACGGCACCGACGACACCGGGGAGAAGAAGGGCAUCAUGGACAAGAUCAAGGAGAAGCUGCCCGAACAGCACUGA